UGAGAUUGAGUCGGCACUGGACAGGCACCCGUCAUUAAAAGCCAAUGUAGUCGCAGUGUCGGAGAUCGCAGGCAACAAACAGCUGGUGGCCUACGUAGUGGCAGCAAAGGAUGUCAACGCACUCGACAUCCCUAUGCUCAAGAACCAUAUAGAGACGUGUUGCACCCCCUAUAUGGUACCGAGCAUCUUCAUCCAACUGGAAGGACUACCAUUGCUGCCCAACGGAAAGGUCAACCGGAACGCACUGCCCAAACCAGAAGCAGCCCGCGCAGAGAUGGCCGACCAGACGUUGCAAGAGCCGAGGAACCCUCACGAAAAGGCCAUCCUCGACAUGUGCCAGCAGCACUUGGGAAUCCAGGGCAUCUCCACCAAUACAAAUCUGUUCAGUAUUGGUGGUGAUUCGCUAUUUGCCGUCAAACUACAUAACUCUAUUGAGGCGAAGUUCGACGCCAAUGUAACAGUGGCGGAUAUUCUGAGCAUGCAGACCAUCAUAGAAAUAGCCGCAGAGGUCAAGUCACGCUGCGAAAGCGAAGGACCAUGCAAGUCGAAGGAGCACACGUACAUCGUGCCAUUUUCCACGACCGGUUCCAAGCCGCCACUGAUCUUAUUCCAUCCAG